AUGUCUGAAUCGGAAAAACAAAAUAAGCAAGCUGAUAAUAAUACUUCCCAGUCUUCAGAGCUUGAGGAAUCAUCGGCAAAAACUGAACCUGAAGACAAAUGGAUGAUAAGAGAAUGUGACAUAUACAAGGAUGAGUACAAAGAGUGCACAAGCUUCCGAGGAAGAUUCCAGCAAUAUUUUGUGUAUGGUGAGACACUAGACUGUAAUCAAUGGAAAAAAGAUUAUGACAACUGUUGCAAAUGGGAAGAAAACAAUGAUUUGAAAGCAGCGGAAGCUUUAAUUCAGAGUGAAAAAAAACGCCGCCUAGAAAGGUUAAAGGCCCACUAUAGAAAUGACACCUGGAAGAAACGUGAGUCACCGCCAAUUGACUGGGACAAGCCAUUACCAGAAUGGAUGGCUAAAAGAGAUGAAAACACAUACCUUGCUCUAAAAGCUAAAGAAAUCAAGGAGGGAAAAUCGGAAAAUGAGAAGGAUGGACUUUGUGCAAUUAUGUGA